AUGGAAAUGAAUAUCGAUUUUUAUAGAAAAUAUUAUUGGUUUUAUAUAAAAUAAUAUCAUGAUCAUGUAGCUAAUAAUAAUAUUGCUGUAGUGUUUUGCUCUCAAGAUUAAUAAGAAGAAAGAGAUAAUAGUGAAUUACAAGCACUAGUACCUUAAAUCAUGUAUCAAAUAUACAUAAGAAAGUUAGUAGAAGUUCUAUUUAAGCUCUUAAUAGUUAUUAAGAAGAAUAAAAAAAGUCAUCAAAGACAUCAAUAGUUUCUUCAAAAGUAGAGAAAGAAUUCGAUAAUGAGGUUAGAUAACAAACUAGAAUCCUCCUAAUCCUAUUUCGAGUUAUAUAAUGAAUGA